AUCAUGAAAACGGAGAGAUGACACACAGAGAAAGACUUCCACUCUCAGUGACUCUGUGACAGAUGAAAUCACAGAUGAAGUCACAGAUUCUCCUAAAGAGAAAAUCUAUUUGCCAGCAACAAGACUAAUAUUUCCAAACCUCAAACUCAUCACACAGCAAUAUGGCUUUUUGUUGCUGUUUCACACAAAAAGCCCCGGAAACUGAAGAAAAAAUCAACUACAAGGCUAAAACCAAGCCUUUGAGAAGCCAUAAGCAAUCUGAAAAAGACAAAAGAUUAACGGAUAAUGAAUACAAUGAAAAGGGGGAUAAUACAUCACAAAUGGAUAGAAAAGAUAACACAGAUAAUGCUGCAGAUGAGACUGACCUGAGAAAGCCAAUUGCUACAGUGGUGAUGUCAAACCAAACAGAGACAACAGGAGAACAGAAUGAGAGUGAGCGGCUUGGAAAGGAGGAGAUCAGCUCCCCUGAUGAUAUGCAUGAAGAUCACCCUGUUCCAUCUCCUAUAAGUGCAGAUGAACCUACAAUCAAUAAAGGAAAAAGACACACCAUAACAGCAGAGACUGGAGAAAAACCUGGGAGUACUACAGAAGAGUGUAGAACAGAAAUAGAGGGACAAGAUCAACCUCUAGAGGACUGGACAAGGUCAAAAACAGGGGAACUCUUUCAAAGACUUUAUCUUAAAAACAAGCACCACAAUAAAAUGAGAGUUGCAGAUGUUCUUCAGUUAACUGCACUUUCAUUACUGUCUUAUGAGUCUUGUGAUGAGAAAGAGCUGGUUCAGACUUUCCUACAAAAACUACUGAUGAUGAACUACAGAGCAAGAUACAUUACUGUUAAAAAGACCAAUGAGGAAGAUCACACUCAACCAGCCAUCUGUGAUUCAUUUAAAAAUGAGGAUGAUUUUAUCAAAGUAAUGUCUUUUUCUAACAAGCAAGCUAGCAAAUCAGACUCUGUUCACCCAAUGGACAUUCAGAUGGCCGUGUUUCAUUGUGCUGAUAGUUUCCUGAAGCAGCUGAUGGUGACUAAACUGUCACAGUGUCAGUAUGCUCUGCCUCUGCUUGUCCCGGAUCCAUUCACACAACACAUUGAGUUUCCUCUCUGGACAUUUAGACAAAUCAGCAAGUGCUGGAAGACAUUUGGUUAUAAAGGUGAAAUCAUCAGUAAAGUCCAGCCAGUCUGUAAGGCACAAACUCCAAUGGUGUGUUUCUUCAGGUUUGGCUCAGUGUCCUCAUCCAAGUCUCAGCUGAUGAACAGUCUGAUCAAUGAGAAACACAACACGUUCUUCCACAGGAACUGCCCAGGCAGCAGCAGAACUAGAGUAUGGAUGGAUGGAGUGGUGGAGAUCGCCUGGUACUGCCCGUCUGGAAAAAACACGGAUACAUUUAAUGACUGUGUGGCGUUCUGUAAUCUACAUGGUGAUGCAGGAGACCAUGAGAAACAGCUGCAGAUCCUCACUGAAAUGUCCUCAGUCAAUGUUGUUAUCUUAGAACGUCUUGAUAAACAAGACAGAAACUUGGCAAAGUGUUCAAACCUUUACAAAGACAAAAAGCCACUCAUUUGCCUUUUUGCUGAGGAUGAAUCUAGUGUAAUUGAGAUGGAGAAAGGGAAAUUCAAAAUUGGUUUGAAAGACAGAAAUCAGUCAGAUGUACAUGAAGAACUCAGAAGAGCUGUAAAUAAUUGUCUCUCAUCUUCAGAAUCAGCUUCCAUUUUCAGACUUGAAGAUGUGUCCAAACACUCAGAUAUCAGAGUAGAUGAAGAUGAUGAUGAAGACUGCAGGAUGGCAAAAGAAGCAGCACAGCAGAUGAUGAGAUUACUGGAGAAUAAAGAUCUGACAAAAAUCAAAGAAUCAUUUCUGCCCUGUCAGGGAAAACUGUGGCAUCAGUGGUGUCAGAAGAACAAAGAACUACAUCGACCUCGAGGUGAUGAGCUAGAAAUGGACAUCAGUAGGAAAAAAAAAGAACUGAAGAAAAUCCGUGAUCAACAACAUGAAUUUGUCCUUAGUGCUUUUAUGAAGUGCUAUAUAAAUGGAAUGAAGUCAUAUGCUGUAAAUAAGAAAAUCUAUUUCCUUAAAUGGCUUGGUGUGCUCCUGGAUGAAUACACCUCAGCUGAUCUUUCUGCUCUACAUCACAAGUAUGAUGAAAUGUGGUCAAUAGUCUUAAAACUGAAAGAGAGCAAUGAUAAGUCUGAGCAACUCAAGACUGAACAAAGAGAACUUGAAAAAAUAUCAGAAGCAUAUCAAGCUGCAACCUUUGGUUUGGAGCACAUCCUGAGAGAGAUUGGCCAGAUCUAUGAAUCUUGUUCAUCAGUGAAGAAGAACAAGUAAGGUCUGCAGUUUGACUUCUCUUCUCUCCCGAGUCUUGCAGCAGAGAUGAUGAUCUCUGGAUUUCCUCUGGAGCUGAUGGAUGGAGAUGCUGCUCAUGUUCCUCUGAUCUGGAUCUCCGCUGUUCUAGAUGAACUCAUCAAGAAACUGGGAGACCAGAGAGUGUUUGUGCUGUCUGUUUUAGGGAUUCAGAGCACUGGGAAAUCAACCAUGCUGAAUGCCAUGUUUGGACUGCAGUUUGCCGUCAGUGCUGGCAGGUGCACUAGAGGAGCUUUCAUGCAGCUGGUCAAAGUGUCAGAGGAGAUGAAAAAGAUGAAACAGCUGAAGUUUGACAAUAUUCUGGUGGUUGAUACUGAGGGACUUCGUGCUCUAGAACUGGCUGGAAGAUCAACAAGACAUCAUGACAAUGAACUGGCCACAUUUGUUGUUGGUCUUGGUAACUUGACCUUGAUCAACAUCUUUGGAGAAAACCUGUCUGAUAUGCAGGACAUACUUCAGAUUGUUGUUCAGGCCUUCCUGAGGAUGAAGCAGGUCAGACUAAAUCCCAGCUGUAUGUUUGUCCAUCAGAAUGUUUCAGACAUCACAGCUGGAGAGAAAAACAUGGAGGGAAGGAGACGACUGCUGGAGAAACUGGAUGAAAUGACAAAACUCGCAGCUAAAGAGGAAGACUGUGAUGAAGAAUGUUUCAGUGAUGUCAUUGCAUUUGAUGUUCAGAAUGAUGUAAAGUAUUUUGCACAGCUCUGGGAGGGCAGCCCACCCAUGGCACCACCAAACCCAAACUACUGUACAAAUAUUCAGGAGCUGAUGAAUACCAUUCUCUCAAAAGCAUCUAAAUCUAGCACUGUUUCACUGUCAGAAUUCAAAGGACGCAUUAAUAGUCUGUGGAAUGCCCUGCUGAAUGAAAACUUUGUGUUCAGCUUCAAAAACAUCCUUGAGAUUGCUGUGUACAGAAAACUGGAAACUAAAUACAAUGACUGGACCUGGAAAGUCAGAAGUGCCAUGUUGAGAAUUGAAGAGAAAUACCAUAACAGAAUCGCCAAUGGAAAAGUUGAGGUAGAUGAAAAGGACCUGUUGGCUGACAUGAAUAAGACAAAAGAAGUAGUACAAAAGUCAUUGGUGUCUUAUUUUGAGGAGGACAGAGACAGAGAAAUUCUGAGUCAAUGGAGAGGAAGAUUUGAAACCAAAAUUUCAGACCUCCAUGAUGACCUCAUAAAGAGAGCAAAGAGAAAGUUGGAUGAAGUGACUCAACAGAAAAAAACAAGAGAAAAAUUGGAUGGCAAAAAGACAGACUAUGAAAAUGAGCUUUUCACAAGGAGCAAGGAACUCGCUUUUCGCUUGAAAAGUACUGAAACAGAUGAACAUGUGCUGAAAAAAGAGUUUGACACAGUUUGGAGCACAUGGAUCACUGAACUGAUCGAAGAAACUCCUUCAGUGAAAGACUUCAACUUUUGGAAGGAUGUCAAUCAAAUUUUGUCUGAAAAUCAUGAAUCGGCUCUUGUGCAAAAGAGGCAACAUGAGAGAUAUUAUAAACGAAUAGACAGUCUAGGUGAUUAUUCAGAUUACAUUAUGCUGAAAAAGAAUGUGGUGCCAUCGGAUCACGAUCAGUCACCUAAACAGACAGGGGAGAGCACUGAGAAACAGGAAGAUAUUCCUGCUAUGCAAAAAUCUAAAUCUUUUAUUUCAUUUUUAAAAGAACUCAUCCCUUUCAGCCAUAAAAAUGUAAAGGAUGAAUUACAGAAUGAAUCUCAGAACAAUGCGCUAUUAAAGACCAAUGCUCUAUUAGCUGAAGAUCAUAACUCAAUAAGGGUUCUCAUCACAGAUAUCAUUGAGCGGACCAGCAGACUACUUGAGCAGACACAGACAACACUGGGUUACCACAAUAGCUAUAUUCAAAACAUUACAGCUUCUGUUCAAAAUGACAUCAAUGAAUACCAAACGAAGAACAAGAAAUUGAAAUUAAAGAAAGAAUUCACUGUUGAUCUUUGUCUGCAUGUAUGUGACUAUGCACAUGACAAAUUAGCUGUAAUUCAUGAAGAAUUUCAAAAUGCGAAUGAUCCACGAAUUUAUCUUGAGGGGCAGAAACCUCAAUAUUACAGUGUCUUCAAGAACUACUGCAAAGGAGCAACAACAACAACCAUAUUUGGAGAAUUAAUUUGCAGAAAACUUGAAUCUUCCAUCUUGCAGGCAGUUUACAACAAAACUGCUAUUGAUUUGGCAGAUCUAAUGAGGUCUGAGCUGGAAGCUUUAAAUGGGAACAGAUCAAAACUGGAAAAGCACAUUUUGAAAUCUCUCGCAGAAGAUGAGAUCUUUGAGCAGUACAUGAAGUACAUUCAUAAUCCUAGAGAACACUUCAAACAUUUUAUAAAAUGUAAAGUUGAUGAGUUUAUCAAUCAACAGCACCAAAAGGUCCUUACCAUAUUCAAAACUAAUUUAAGACUCAAAGUACAAACUGUGAGUGCAGCAGUACAUGAUGCAGUACUGGAGGUCAAGAAAAACAAUGGAGAUGCCAACAUGUGGCAGAAAUGCUUCACCAAAUCCUUAACAGACGAGAUGAAAUUCACAGGAAAUCCAUGUGUUGAUCUCAGUGAAAUUACAGACUUUGAUUUUCUUGAGAAGAUUUUAAGUGAAAAACUAACAGAAAGGAUGUCAAAUCUACAAAACCGUUUUAAAAGCAUCAAUGAUAUGAAAAUGGAAAAAUGCAGAAAAAAACCAGAUGAGCUUCUGAUUGAUCACUUCUGUCAGUGCUGUUGGGUUCAGUGUCCUUUCUGUAAAGCCAUCUGCACCAACACAAUGAAAGACCAUGAUGGAGAUCACAGUGUUCCUUUCCAUCGUAUUAUUGCAGUAAAUGGUUUGAUUACCAAAGAUACAACAAAUCUGUGGAUUGAUAUCUGCACAACAGCAGUAGCAAGUGAUCAAUGUUUUCAUCCUGAUUCUUCAGAUAAGACAGUCCUCUGGAAAGAAUACAGAAAAGGAGGUCCUAGAUUUGCUAACUGGAGCAUCACUCCUGACCUUUCUGAGCUGCCGUACUGGAAGUGGUUUGUGUGCAGAUUCCAGAAAGAUCUGGAAAAAUACUACAAUUACACAUUUGAAGGGUGGGGUAAGAUUCCAGAUGAAUGGAGAGCACAUCCGAAAGAUAAAGCAGUAAAGAGUUUGGAUGAAUACAUCUAAAGUAACACAUACAUUUAUUUUUUCUGCUUUUACAAGUUUAGUUUCAUGUGUAUUUUUACUUUUUCUGUUGUAACCAUUUUAAUUUUUUUUUUUAUCUGGAAAACAUUGUCAGCACCCUAGAGAGUGCUUCAGUAUAACAUUUUUGCCAUGUUAUAAUUCCAUGAAAGACUAAGUGCCCUAUUUUAAGGGCACUAACGCAAAGUGUAGGGCUAGGCAUAAGCACAAAGUCAGUGGGCAUGGCCAUGAAAUUUUCGUAUUUUGGUGUGAGCAAAAUGGUGCACACAAAACGCUAAUGGGCUGGUUCAAGUGCAGUUUAAUUCAGAGGUUCUUCUCCGGUUACUGCCCAGUCCAUCAAACAUCAGAGAUAUAAACGUAUACAGCACAUUCAUAAGAAAUUACUAGUGUAAAUGGAAGUAUGGACUUAACGUUCUUUUGGGCAUGAGCAGCAUCCUUGUGUAAUAUCAUGUAAAUAUCUACAGUGACACGCUCCUUAUAUGUAAGUAAAACGAAUCAUAUCGCUCUAUUGACACACAAAUCAUGGUUUAACAUACUAAAAUAUUAACAGUGAUUGUGUCGGCCUUCAGGGUUUGGCUGUGGAUUGAGGAAUCAAUGAUCCCUCAUUUCAUUUUCCAGUCGACUUUCAACUAAACCAGUCAUUCCUUUAAAAAAUAAAUCUGUUUAUCAAAACGCCACAAACCUAAACCAAAAUAUUUCUAAAUUCAAGUUACAUUUCAAACUAAAUGAAAAUAAUAACAAAAU